AUGUCUGCCAUCGCCGAGACUGAGGUCAGUUUUCCGCCAAGCUCUGUCGCAGUCAUCAAGCCACACCCACACAGCCACGGACAAAGGGUGAGGCUUUCUGCGAUCGAUCAAAUUGCGCCUAGAGACUACAUGUCAAUAUGCCUAUUCUUCCCACUGGGCCCAGAUGCAGAUAAGAGACGAAUCUUCACUCUCCUCCAGGAAUCCCUCUUGAGGAUCGUGGAUGACAUGCCGGAGCUUGCGUGCUGCGUGCAGAAACACACCGGUAACGGCCGAGAGGAAGUUGAGCUCGUGUUCGACUCCAGCAAGGGUGUUGAAAUCCAUUACAAAGAUUAUACCUCACCUGAGCUCUGUGACCUGUGGAAAUUUGGCACGUUCUACCAACUCGAGCAGGAACACUUCCCUCUCAAUAAGUUGCCCAGGCACAUCGUUUUCGGAACGUCGGCCAAGCUGGCGGACAACGUGAAACUUCCAUCACUGGUUGUACAAACCAGUUUCAUACCUGGAGGAAUGAUUCUUGGAAGCUGCCUACAUCAUGUGGCUGGUGAUGGCCAGUGUAACUUCAUGUUAUUCUCUGCGAUAGGCGCUCACUUUUCUGCUGUGGCCGAUGGACUAGACAGCAAACCUAUCUCACAAAUCCAUCUUCGAGAGAGGAGUGGUGUUGUCGAGGGGGAUAAGAAUGUUAAGCUCGAGGAAUUCCCACAUUGGAAGCUUGCGGAGGAAAAUACCGAAUUCCUCAAUCCAACGGCGUACUCGGCCAAUGAUCCCACAUUCGAAUAUGCUACGUACUUCAUCUCGGGAGAAAAUCUUGCCCUGCUCAGAACCCGCAUCUCGAAUAAUUGUUCCGGAACCAAGCUCAGCACGGUCGAAUCCUUGGGCGCCUUCAUCUGGCGUCACAUCAUCGUGGCCAGGAAUAUCGAUCCUCGGGUGUAUCCCGAGGCAAAGCUUUCCAUUGCCAUUGAUGCCAGAGGCCGUACGAAAAAUCCCUACAUCCCGUCCAACUAUUGGGGAAACUUUGCGGAGCCAAACGCAGUGGCCAGGCUACCCGUUGCCCGUCUUCAGGAAGGCAUAUCAUCAUCCUUGACACCGAAACAACUUGGGAAUAAGCUCUACCCGGAGGCGGCGCUCCGCAUUCAAAGAGCGAUAGCUGCGGUAGAUGAUAAGGCAGUCAGGCGUCUUGUCGGUCUCCUCAAUCAGAUGCCCAAAAGUACGACAUUGACGUGGAACGUCAAUCGCUAUCCUGGCCCAGACAUGCUUCUUGUCUGUGUCAAUGGUCACAGGUACAAUGACAUCUACUUUGGCCAUCAGCUUGGUUACACCUCAGCAUUCAGAUGCACUGUGGGCGACACUGAGGGUAAGCCCGAUGGCCGUUGUCUGAUUCUGCCACCCCGCCGUGGCGACGGCAAAGGUCUUGAAAUCAUGCUGCAGUAUGACAAAAGCACGCUUAAGAGGCUUGAGGAUAACGUCGAGUUCGGUGAUUAUUUUGUACGGAGAAACUAA